AUGGCGGAUCCGAACAAAGCCAUUGCCAAUAUACCAGACUUUAGUGGGGAAUCAACCGAUAAAAUUGAAUCAUGGUGUCUUCGUAUCGAAUAUGCAUUUGCGUCACAAAACAUCCAAGACCCUGCACGGUUGUUGGUUAUUCCAAUAAAGUUAAACGGUCAAGCAUUGCUGUGGUACGAUCGUAUACAUAGAACAACACCAUUUCAAACAUGGGCAGCAUUCGUUCAAGCAAUAACAGCUGAAUUUUCACCACAAAAAAGUUUAUUGCAAAUGGAUCGAGAAAUAAAUCAGAGAUU